CUGAGCUCUUAUUUUACAGGUAAUAUAGGAAAGUGGAGUCAUUUCAGAGCGCUAGAAAAGAAAAACGGAAAGCAACUUGGGACCUCUGUUAUAUUUGAUCUAGACGGGCUAAGUUUUGCUCAAGUGGAUAUGCAAGCAAUGAAAGUUGUAACUACAAUGUUGACACAGUUACAGGAGAUGUUCCCUGAUGUUAUUCGCAAGAUAUUCGUUAUUAAUGCGCCAUCGUUCAUCCAAAUACUUUGGGGAAUGAUAUCGCCAUGCCUAGCUAAACAAACUCAACAGAAAAUAAGAAUAUUAGGAGAUAAUUGGAAGGAUAUACUGAGAGAAAGCAUUGGUGAGGAAGUUUUAUACGAGCACUGGGGAGGUACUCGCAAAGCCGAAACACCAUUUGGUCAUAUUCGGACCGGUGGUAAAGUUCCUGCAGAACUGAGAUAUGAUCCAAAUAACGAUCUACCAGCAGACAAACUGCAAAAACUUGUGAUAGGUGCUAAGUCAGUGAACUUUGUACCGAUAACUGUAGAAGAACAUCAACCAGGACGAAAAAUUACUUGGUGGUGGCGAGUAGAAUCAAAUGAUAUAGGAUUUGUUGUCUAUCGUGCAGCUCCCGGACAAGAAAAGGUGGCAGAGCAUGCAGAUGACUAUGUUGUACACCCAAAAUUCAAACUGCAAACGGAGUUUGUACCUGAAGAUGGCGAGGUAAGCAAGCUCUUUGAUAAAUCAAAAAUCUAGUG